GAAACUCUAACAGAGAGUUUUCCUUAUUUCCAACGUCGUCUGACUUCCGGCAAACGGCUAACGGUACCGGAGGGGCGGUGAGGAUGUCCCGACACGGCCAGUAUGGAGGAGAGACGAAGGUCUACGUGGGUAACCUGGGCACAGGGGCGGGCAAAAGUGAGCUGGAGCGGACCUUCGGACAUUAUGGACCCCUCAGAACCGUCUGGAUCGCCAGGAAUCCUCCAGGAUUUGCAUUUGUGGAGUUUGAAGACUCCCGAGAUGCUAAAGACGCUGUCCGCGGUUUGGAUGGCAAAGUGAUCUGUGGGUGUCAUGUUCGGGUUGAACUUUCCACUGGAACGCCUCGUCGCUCUCGGUUUGACCGACUGCCGACCCGUCGACCAUUUGACCCCAAUGAUAAGUGUUAUGAGUGUGGAGAGAAAGGUCACUAUGCAUAUGACUGUCACCGCUACAGCCGCCACCACAGCAGGUCCAGGUCCAGAUCUCGAUCUCGGCCCCGAGGAAGGCACUACUCACGCAGCAGGAGUCACAGCAGGAGUCAAGGGAGGAGGACCAGGUCCAGGUCUGGUUCUUCCAGGAGGUCCAGGUCCAGGUCCAGGUCUAGGUCCAGUUCCAGGUCUGAGUCUCGAGGUCGGAGCAGAUCUGGAUCCAUGGGACAGUCCAGAUCUGGAUCUGGUGCCAGAAGUCGUCCACCAUCUCCUCAUCACAGAGAGACUCAACACAGGCUCGACUGAUCAGCAAAUGAUGUUUCUGAUCACAUUUAUUUGUUGAUGUGCUUUAAGAUUUAUAUGGCCGUUUUUCUUCUGUAAGAAUGCUAUCCUUGUUGUUGAUUGAUUGAUUGAUUGUCAAAGCAGCUGUUGAAUUAAAGAGUUGACUGUGUCUCCA